AUGGCUCAGCAAGGUGCACAGGCUGCACAUGUGCCGGUGGAUGACAUAGAUGAUGAUCUGCCAGAGCUUGAAGCGGCUGCAGGCCCACAGCUUCCCCAGCCGAUGCCCAAUAAUCCCUUCCUUGCGAGCCCAGCUGCCUCACCUUCCCAAGGUCAGAUAGUGUUAGGCCCUGCCCAGCUGAAUGCUUUGUUUGAACAGUUGGCUGAAGCAACCCGUGCAGCAUCAGAUGCAGCAGCAGCAGCGGCAGCGGCGGCGACGUCCUCUCGGGACGGUCCGCCAACCUUGACUGGCAAGGACAUGCUGCGUGUGUUGCCGAAGCCUGAGGUCUUUGCAGCUAGCACUAGAGAGCAGGAGCACACAUCGUGGCCAGGUUGGUUUUGGAGUUUUCAGCAGUACCUUUCAGCUCUUGAUCCGGGCUAUGGGCCCGACCUUGAAGCUUUGGAGGCGAACCCUGGUUCAGUGAUAGCAAAGGGCCAGGGCACCAUUGCACAGCAAGCCAGGUCACGUCAGCUGUAUUCGCUUUUGGCUGCCCUCAUUCGUGGCAGAGGUUACAUGAUUGUGCGACAGACCGAGAGUGGACACGGUUUGGAAGCCUUGCGUCAGUUGAUGAGCCUCUUUGCCCCGCGCUCUCAGGGGCGCAGCUUGGGCAUCUUGACAGCGAUCACCCAGGUGCCUUCGUUCAAGCCCUCCGAGGCCUUGCUUCCGCAGAUCCUUGAUUUGGAACGCGUUUUCACUUCUUAUGAACAGUCAGCUUCAGAGACCCUUCAGGGUAGCGUGAAAACUGCACUUCUUCUGCGAUGUUUGCCUGCUAACACAAAGAAUCAGAUAUAUGCCAGCUUGCCUGAGGAUGCCACUUACACUCAGGUGCGAGAGGCAAGCCUGAGGAUCGAGCGUCAGCAUUUCAAGUGGCAAUCUGUUUCUUACUUUGGGACGGUCCGCGAGGCCACAGCUCAGAGGCAUGAUGAGGCAACGCAGAUGGAAAUUGAUGCCGUGCAGUGGGGCAAACCUAAGGGCAAAGGUGGCAAACCGCAAGGCAAGGACAAAGGCAAAGGCAAAGGCGGCAAGAAAGGUCAGCAUGCCCAGACUCCCCAUGGAGGCAAGCCGAAGGGUGGCAAAGGCAAGGAUCAAGGCAAAGGUGGCAAGCAGCCCGGCAAGGACAAAGGCAAAGGCAAGGGCAAAGGCGACAAGUCACAGGUGGAGUGUUACAACUGCGGUCGUAAAGGCCAUUAUGCCGCAGAGUGUUGGCGCAGCAAAGGUCAGGCGAAUGUGCAUCAGGUUGUCAACAAUCCGACUCCGUCGGAGGCUGCACCAUCCACCGUGGGGCCGUCAGCGUCCCAGGCAGCGUCCGAAGCCACCACAGCAGUGCGUCGCAUUGAGAUUGAUUUGAGUGCGGUUGGCAGUGGCACAGGCAGUGGGGGCAUUCACAUGAUCACACAGGCGAUGUCCGCGCCGAGACCGGACCAGGUGCUGCUUGAGCCAUACACGAGCGAGGAGGUGCUACUCGAGCCGAACCCGAGUGAGGCGAUGUCCGCGCCCAGACCGGGCCCGGUGCUGCUCGAGCCCUACCCGAGCGAGGCGACGUCCGCGCCCAAACCGGACUUGGUGCCACUCGAGCCUUUCCCGAGUGAAUUCAUUGAUCUUGUGCAUGCCACACUCCCUGCCAUGACCGUGCCUGACCCUCUUGUGCGUAACUUUGAGCAAGCUGCCCCAAUGUAUGACAUGAGCUACAGUGACAGUGACGGGGAAUGGACGUUUGCGAAUGGAUCCUUGAGUGUGGUGACUUUUGCUCCAGAGCAUCAGGUGUGUGCAAUCCAUCAGGACAUUGAGAUCGUUCUUGACAGUGGGGCCGAUCACUCGUGCCUUCCUGCGGCCUUUGGUUCCACCGGGACCUCAGCGCCGCCAUUGCAAGCAACGUUCCGUGAUGCACAGGGGAAUGUGAUUUCUCCUACGUCGGUGCGCAAUGCAAAGCUUGACCUUGGACCCUUGACCAUAACGGAAACCUGGUUGAUAGGCCCCGUGACUACUCCCUUGUUGAGCUUAGGCAAGCUUUACCGCCAAGGGUUUACGGUUGGCCGUGUGAACAAUGAGCUAAAGCUUUUCCGUGAGGGAGAUGAAGCCUACGGGGUCCCCGUGUUCAUGAAGCACAACUCCCUGUGUGUCCGGGGUAGCAUCAGAGUCAUGCAGAGUGAUGCACCGCAGGCGGGGCAGGCGGGGCAUCCGCCAGCAAGCCCCAGUGAACAUCAUGCACCACAAUCGCAAACCAGUUCUUGCGAACCUCAUGCACCACAAUCGCAGACCAGUUCUUGCGAACCUCAUGCACCACAAUCGCAGUCCAGUACACCUCAGGGCGAUUUUCACGUGAAUGCAUUGACUGUGACAUUGCAUGGCCCUUGGUUGUCGCUCAAAGCGCCGUUUGUGCAGAUUGACACAGGUCUGGUGGCAAACAAGUGCGCAAGCCUGUGCUACGUUGAUUGCACAUUGGCUUUCCCUAGCCUGCCGAUUGCUUUCAGGACCACAUUGCACAACAGCCCGCGUGGCUGGAUGUUGCAUACGCUGAACGAGGAUCUGUCAACUUUGGAUGAUUUUGAGGCAAGGUUCGAGGCUGCAUUUCCAAGGCCCAAGAUGUAUGAGACCAUCACGAUUGGUUCCACGUACCGGCUUGAUGUUCGCCAGUUGUUCCCUGAGCACUCUGAUCACCCGCUUGUGGCAGUGCCAGUGCCAGAGGAGUCAGACGGUGAUCCGUCUCCCGAUGCUGCCAUGGACUUGGAUGUCAACAUUGAUGCAGGCGGCGUUGACUUGGGAGCCAACGGAGGAGAUGCAGAUGAAGGCGAGUCUCCCGGUGCAGCGGGUAACGCUCCCGGCGAGAAACCUGUUGUCGUUGAUGGCACUGAGUUGACCCUUGAUUGCACCCUCGCCACGCUGCGGGCCGCAGCACAGAGUCUUGGGAUAGGUAAGUCGGGUGGUAAGGCGACAGUUCUUAAGAGGAUCAAAGAGUUUCUUGCACGAAACGAUUUUCUGUGGGCCAACCUUCCGACUGAUGUGCAGCUGCCUCGUGAACAGGCGCCAGUGCGGGAGCCAUCCCAGGAUGAAGUGCGCAAGCAUUCGCUGACGCACAUGCCAUUCCAAGCGUGGUACAUGACAUCAGAGCUUACAAGGUGGAUCGCGACUUUAGGCCACAGCGAGGUCACACUGCGCAGUGACCCAGAGCCAGUGUGUUUGUCGUUGCAAAAGCUUGUGCAAGCCCAGCGUCUUCGACUUGGAUUGCGGACCCAUCUUGAGCAGAGUGAGCCUGAUGAUCAUGCGGCCAAUGCGGCCGAACCUGCGGUCGAGACCCUUCGACAGCUGACCAACACGUUGCUUUCUGAGUUUGAGUCCCGUGCAGGUGUCAAGGUGGCAUCGUUAGAUGCAAUGCACGCGUGGGCAUGGCGGCAUGCAAGCUUCAUUCAGCAGCGGUUCACCAGAUCGCAAGGCCAGACUCCGUUCGAGCUGGCAUGUGGGCGGCCCUAUCAGGGCAAGCUUGUGUGCAUUGGUGAGACAGUUUAUGGAAGAGUUAAAAGUGCUGUGAAAGGGUCGAUUCGUCGCUUACCGCAAACUUACUUGAGGAGUGCUGAUUUUGCAAAGCGCCUGCGUGAUCAUCCCUAUUCCCAGGCUGCUUUUCUUGCGGGCCAGGUUGGACAGUGCAGGCCGCAGAAAACACGUGAUGCACAGCAAGCACCCCCAGAGCCACAGCCAGAUGAGAGUACCCCGGCCGGUGCGGAUCCACUUCCGUAUCCUGGCUAUGUUCUUCCUGACAGUACACCGCUGAGUGAACUUGUGCCACCACCAGCCAUCAGAAGUGAUUUUGUGCCAGAGCCACCGACACCCAUGCAGGAAGACAGUGGACCUGUCACGCCAUUGCAGCCAGCACCUUCCGAUGCAGAGGUUGUGAGUUCGCCUCUGGCUGUAGUGCCGGACGCUGAGGUGUUAGCCGACUUGACCACUCGUUUUGUGGUAACAUGGCGCUGCAAGACUAUUGCAGGUUGCACAUACUGGCUCCGGCGAGCCAGGCUUGUGGCCCGUGAUUUUGCAUUUUUGUGCCCAGGCCGUACCGAUUUGUUUUCCCCUGCAUCGAAUGCUCUGCAAAGCAAGAUCAUCCCAUGUGUCUUCAUUGACAACUACCAUAACGGUUGGCAGUUGGUAUCAUUAGAUGUUACGGAUGCUUACUUGAAUUGCCCGCAGGCAGAGGACACAUGCACAAGUGUCAUGAUCAAUGGCGAACGCUUGUAUUUCAAGCUUCUCAGGCUCCUUCCGGGCCAGCAGGAAGGGAGCCAGACCUGGUUCUACCAGUUCACCGAUGCGCUGAAAGUCGGAAGCCGUGUCGAGCUGAUGCAAGAGGUGCCAUCGCUGUUCCGGUUCCAGCCUGAGGACGGCGGAGGCGGGGGACUUGUGCACGUCGAUGAUUUGCUUGGCACAGGACCUGCAAGUGUGAUCAAGUGCAUGACUGAUCAUCUUGAAAGGGAUUACAAAGUGACUGUGAAUUUGAUUUCGGUGCCAGGCCAAGAGGUUCAUUUUCUUAAGAAGCGGCAUUAUCUUUUGUCGAGCACAGAGUUGCUGAUUGAGGUGAGCCCAAAACACUUGGAAAAGUUGAAAUCUUUGUGCGGCCAUCCCAAGCACCGAAAAUCACCUCUCCCGUCCGGGCGGUUGCCCACGGAGAAGGAGGACGAUGCACCAUUGUCCCAGGAUCAGGCAUUUCGCUUUCGAUCAGCCGUUGGAGUGUUGCUUUACCUGCAGUCAGACCUCCCGCAUGCCAUGCACAGCAUUCGCCACUUGUCAGGCUUUAUGUCGUCCCCGACCGUUGGGGCAUGGGCAAUCCUGCGGCAUUUGGUCGGUUACUUGAGUGCCACUGAGGGGUACUGUGCAUGCCUUACGGCCGGAGGCAUCGGACACGGUGUGCAAGUGCAUCGCCCAGGGAUCAAUGUCAUCGAGACGUUUAGCGAUGCUGACUGGGGUGGAUGCCGAUCCACCCGACGUUCUGUCUCGUCGUCCGUGAUUCUUUGCAACAGCAAGUUCAUCCAUGCAGCGUCCAAAACGCAAAAGUCGAUCGCACUAUCCAGUGCGGAAUCCGAGUUUGGUGCCGCGGUGUCAGCCGCGAUAGAUGGAACCCUUGUUUCGAGCAUGAUGCGGUUUGUGUCUCCAGAGCCAACGACACCACCACUCUUGAUGAUUGACAAUUCCGCUGCCCGUGCGAUCCUUCAACGCGCCGGGGUCGGGCGUGUGCGCCAUCUUGAUGUGAAGUUGCUAUGGACGCAACAACGGGUUGCGGAAGGAUUGCUGGAGGUGCUGCCGGCACCCACGCGUACCAAUGUCGCGGACAUUGGCACGAAACUCCUUGGUGUGCAGCGCACGGAGUUUCUGCUUGGCCUGAUUGGGUUUAGAGAUUCCCGAAAUGGUUAUGCUAGGGUUGGAGAUGCAAUCUUGAGCACAGAGCACAAUGUCCAGGCCAUUCGCAAUGUGUGCAAGGAUCUGUCAAAGAUCGCAAAGGGUGAUGCCACGGCAAACACCGCCCGCAUCCUUAGUGUUAUCUUGAUUGCCAUGCAGGCAACUGGAAGCCUGGGUGCAGAGGAUGGCGAUGAUGCCAAUGACGACGACGCGACUUCGACCAUUCUUGAUACGAUUCUUGAAUCCUUGGUGCAGAUCGUCGGCUAUGCAUCUGCAGUGUAUGAAGCAUACCCUUCGACAUGUGUUGCGGUGUGCCAGUGCGUUGCAAUCGCUGCAUUCUUGAUGUGUGCAUUCAUGUGUUGUGGCCGACGGAUGACAGAUGUUCCAGAGGCAUCUGUGCAGGUGCGCAUCGCGUCUGGAGUUGCGGUUGAUGUCCGAACAUCCCGAAGUGAGCCCAAAGCCAAGGCUGGUGAACAGGUGCGUGGAGCGCGGCCCAAAACCGCGAGUCGACCGAAGCUUGAUGACGACGAUGAGCGAGCCCAGAGCCCUGGUGCGCACGAGGUCCAUGCAGGCAGACCAGGGUCAUCCAGCGAUGUGCUGCGAUCGAACAGCGAAGCCAGUGAGAGAUCCGAGAAGAUUCCGAGAGCAUGCCCGAUUCCGCAGCGCCGGGUGCCACAAACCCGAAGCGCAGACGGCGUGUGGAUUUCGACAAGUCAGGGAUACGCUUAUCAUAAAGCUACAUGUGGCAAGCUGAACCAGUCGCUUGGCGUCACCGAGGUGUCGCGAGCAGUUGCUGAAGAGCGCGGCUACCGCGCGUGCCGCAUAUGCAAACCUUGA